AUGCUGACCCCCUCCAGCCCUCGCCACCCAUCCCUCCUUCUCUUUGCCUUCGUCGUCUGGCUCGGCCUUACCAGUGAAGCAGUCCACGCGCAGGUUGUCGUGACCAUCGAGAACACCAAUCCCCAGAUCUCUUACUUCCCAUCUGUCUGCAACGUCACAGGCGAUCAGACACGUUCCGCUGCUUGCGACGGUCAAUGGCAAAUCCUCCCUCUGGCAGGCGCCUCCAGCGGCUCUGUCACGUCUACGUACGGCCCUUCUCCAGCGACAGAUAACAUCAUCCCACAGCUCUUCCUCGUCCUACGCGGAACGUCCUUUGUCUUGCGCACGUCAACCAGCUCUAAUGCAACCGUCAACGUCACUCUCACUGCCAAUCCUUCACGACUUGAUAUCAGCACCAUAGUAGACUCCUCGCUCGGCAGCGUAUCUGCGGUCGACUUGCCUGUUAACGAAGACCUGACUGUAGCUCUCACGUAUAUACCCAGACCUGAUGGUGCAGUGACACGUUUCGACAUCGAUUCCAUCACAGUCACCGCAGCUGAUAGCAAGUGA